UCCGGAAUAAGUCCUCUUCGGCGGUUCACCAACUGUCAGCAGGUGGCUAGUCGGCUGGCAAGCCAAUAAACAGUUUUGCUGUCUGACAUUUAAGCAGCAAUUGACUGCAUCUAUCUGACCGCAGCUUAGUGUUUAUGGUGGCGUGUCGUGUCACGUCACGUCAGAUAACGUCCAGUGAAAAAGGAGUCCUCCUUGAAUGACUGACUUCGCAGUUGCGUGGCUAGCUAGCAAAGAGGAGGGUGGGGACAAAAACUUCAGCCUCGCCCAGUCCGUAGCUUUAUACCAGCAGGCAGCUACUCUCUCGGCGGUGUGAGCACCCACACCUCUAAAUUCGAUACUUAUUAAAGGGGAGACUGAAACCGUCGUGUCAAGUAGGCGAAAAGAAGCAACCAUGUUCAGGAAAAACUUGAAGAAGGAUCCCGAGCUGUUUCAGAACGUGUCGGAGGGACUGCGGCGGCUUUACCGGACCAAACUGUUCCCGCUAGAGGACACGUAUCGAUUCCACGACUUCCACUCCCCAGCCCUCGAAGAUGCCGACUUUGAUAACAAGCCCAUGGUUCUCCUGGUCGGCCAGUACUCCACCGGGAAGACCACAUUUAUCCGGCACCUCAUGGAGCAGGACUUCCCCGGUAUGCGGAUUGGCCCGGAGCCGACAACAGACUCUUUCAUCGCGGUGAUGCACGGGGAACAGGACGGGGUGAUACCGGGUAAUGCCCUGGUUGUCGAUCCCAAGAAGCCCUUCCGCAAGCUCAACGCCUUUGGCAACGCAUUUCUCAACAGGUUCAUGUGUGCCCAGAUGCCUAACCCUGUCCUGGAGAGCAUCAGCAUCAUUGAUACUCCUGGAAUCCUGUCAGGGGAGAAGCAGAGGAUAAGCAGAGGGUACGACUUUGCCGCUGUGCUCGAGUGGUUCGCUGAACGCGUGGAUCGCAUCAUCCUCCUGUUUGAUGCCCACAAGCUGGAUAUCUCUGAUGAGUUCUCCGAGGUGAUCCGCGCACUCAAGAACCACGAGGACAAAAUGCGCGUGGUACUCAACAAGGCAGACCAGAUCAGCACCCAGCAGCUGAUGAGGGUCUAUGGAGCGCUGAUGUGGUCUUUGGGUAAAAUCAUCAACACACCUGAGGUGGUGCGUGUGUACAUUGGGUCAUUCUGGGCACAGCCCUUGUUGGUCCCGGACAACAGGAAGUUGUUUGAGGCGGAGGAACAGGACCUUUUUGUGGACAUUCAGUCGCUGCCACGCAACGCAGCUCUACGCAAACUUAAUGACCUCAUCAAGCGAGCACGUCUCGCUAAGGUGCAAGCUUACAUUAUCAGCUCUCUGAAAAAGGAGAUGCCGAGUGUGUUUGGAAAGGACUCCAAAAAGAAGGAGUUGAUUGCCAACCUGGGGGAAAUCUACCACAAGAUAGAGAAGGAGCACCAGAUCUCACCCGGAGACUUCCCCAAACUUGAUAAAAUGCAGGAGCUGCUAAACGGUCAGGACUUCACCAAGUUUGCUUCACUCAAACCCAAACUGCUGGAGGCGGUGGAGGACAUGCUCGCCAAUGACAUCGCACGUCUCAUGGCAAUGGUCCGCCAGGAAGAGGCCUCCAUGCCCAGCCAGACCGUCAAGGGUGGAGCUUUUGAGGGAACCAUGAGUGGUCCCUUUGGCCACGGUUACGGUGAGGGUGCCAGCGAAGGCAUUGACGAGCUGGAGUGGGUGGUGGGUCGCGACAAGCCCACGUACGAUGAGAUCUUUUACACCCUCUCUCCCAUCAACGGCAAAGUGUCCGGCGCUGCCGCCAAGAAGGAGUUGGUGAAGUCCAAGCUGCCCAACACAGUCCUGGGAAAGAUCUGGAAGCUGGCAGAUGUGGAUAAAGAUGGCUUCCUCGACGACGAGGAGUUUGCCCUGGCCAACCACCUGAUCAAGGUAAAGCUGGAGGGCCACGAGCUGCCUCCCACGCUGCCAGAGCACCUGGUGCCCCCGUCUAAACGUGGGACGGUGGAGGCCUAGAUGCACCCUGCAGAUCAUUGAUGUCAACACAGGGCUCUCCAGGCAGUGUCUAACUUCAAGAAAGAACGGCAGCACCUGGGGUAUUUUUCACCAGAGAGAGACUGGAGGGUAUCUGGGGGUUGGGUGGGAGGGAGGGCGGGUCCAUCUUUGUGAAUCUGGGGUAAUGUUUAGUGUGUGUGAAAUAAACGGUGGGAGAGGGGUUUGAUUUGCAGACCGAUAGAAGGACAAUUACCAAACUGAUGGGUAGCUGGAGGUCACACGAUGAGGUGGAACAUGGAUUUAUGCAUCCUGUGUAAAAGAUGUCUUACAAAUAUACACUUCAUAUUGUUAUAUGUUGAUCCAAAGAAAUCUAGUUUUUUUUUUUCCAAAUGGGAAAGAGAAAGGAAAUUAAUCAAAACAGUUGUUAGAUGUGCUUUAUCUCUAUUUUUGUAUUUCCUCACUGUUAACUUUGACUCUUUCCAGAAGCUUCCUUUUUUAUUAUUUUGCCGGAUAAAUAAAAAGGAAUGCUUGUACCAUUCAAAAGGUUAAGUGGAUUUGUAUUUAAUAUUGCUAUAUCACAUUUAACAGUGGUUUGUCAGAAGAAAGCUACUUAUUAAAAUGGGGGAAACACAUUUAAAUAAAUAUGCUAAAUAAAUCUUAACUGAUUCAUA